UCAGCCCUGCAGACGGCGGGUGUCCUCGCUCCUGCUCGCGGCCGAGUGGGCGGGCUGUGUGUUGAUCCAUUCAUCCAUCCAUGCACAGUUGGGCUGUUUCUGCAUCCCGUGAAUUGUGAAUCCUGCUGCUGUGAGCAUGUGUGCGGAUCUGAGCACCUGCCAGGGCCGCGCCGUGCGUCCAGGGGUGCUUGGCCGCCUUCUUGAAGUUUUGGUGGCCUCAUCUGUGCAACAGCACCAAGCCCAGCGCUUGCUUCACCCAACGUAAGAUCGAGAGAGGUAGUUUUCCCACUGGCACACAGCAAGCACCCAGAAUGUGCCCGCCGGGGGCAGACACUUCGGGAAACCGGUUCUGUAAACCAUUCAUCAUCAGAGUUACCGUAUGACCCAGCAGUUCCGCUUCUAGGCAUGUCCCCAAGAGAGACAAGAACAUAUAUCCGCACAAAACCGUUACAGGGAUAUUCUCAGCAGGAGGAAUCACGACAACCGAAGAUGGAAACAACCCAGAUGCCCAUCAAGGGACGGACGGUCAAUGUGCCCAUCGCGCACGCGCACGUCACUCGGGUGUGUCCACGCACGCGCACGUCCACAGAUAAACGUGUCCGCCGUGCACGCGCACGUCCCACGGCCGCCAACAGGAGCGAGGCGCCCACGCCCGCCGCCCCGCGCGGAAGGACCCUGAACGCACGACGCUGAGGGUGGGAACCAGACACGAGAGGCCACACGGGGUGUGAGUCCGAGUGUGUGUAACGUCCAGAACAGGCUCAUCCACGGACACAAGGGAUGGGUUCCAAGGCCAAGAAGCGGGUGGUACUGCCCACUCGCCCAGCGCCCCCCACGGUGGAGCAGAUCCUGGAGGACGUGCGGGGUGCGCCCUCCGAGGACCCCGUUUUCACCGCCCUGGCCCUGGAAGACUCCGCAGGCCUCUCCGGGAGGGCGGAGGACGCGGAGGCCCAGCAGCAGCAGCUUUACCAGCAGAGCCGCGCCUAUGUAGCCAUGAAUCAGCGUCUGCAGCAGGCGGGCGACGGGCUGAAGCAGAAGCGUGAGGACCUGUGGCGGGCUGGCGAGGGGCUGGAGCAGGAAGUCCGCCUGCUGAAGCAGGGCGCGUCCCCAGGGGCCGUGGCCACCUCCUUGGGCUGACUGGCCCGCCAGCUCGCCUUAGCGCGCACCCCGGCAGGGCGCCCCGCGGCUCACUGGCACCUUUGGUCCCCCCCAAGACACCUGACCCGGCACACCUCACACCUGGGCCCCUGGGUCGCGUGGCCUGGGCUCGCCCCGGGGCCCGGAGACCCCGGGGCCCACAGCCUGCGUGGGGGGUGACAGACACAGCUGCCUCGCCGGGCGCGGGCCCCUUUCGAGGGGCGGGUCUGGGGCAGUGUGGGUGCCGCUCGCCCCGGCCGUGGAGCCCAGACCGGGCUUCGUGCGGGGUCCCCGGCACCCGAGGGCCGGUCCGUCCAACCUCUCUUUGCCCCUCGCCACCCUGCUUCUCCGCGUCAUUGCAACGGAGAUGGAACCCCGUGGAACCCCGGCUGCUUUCUGUCUCCGCCCAUCUCUGCAUGUACUGCGGAGGGGGGGGGGCCCAAGAUUCCGGCAGAGCACCCCGUUCCCUCCUGACAGUGGCUGGCUGCUGGAGGAGCACUUGCCCAGCAGGGCCCGGACCGGAGACGGGGCCUCUGGUGGUGCCCCUACUGAGCACCCUGAUCCGAGGCCUGGGCGCUCCUGUGGGGCGGGUUACCCGUCGGGGUGCGGGACCCACCUGGGACCCACCCCAUCAUGGGGGUGCCUGGCCUGGGCUCCCGGGAGGGGACGAGCUGGCCAGUCUCCCACCCGAGCCCUCGCUGGCUGCCUUCAUCCUGGAAGGCUUCGUCUACGGGCAGGUGUACGGAACAGGAGCGGGUCUUGAAAAGGGCUUUUCGCUCAAAAAGAGCAACUUUCAGAAACCUGGAGCAGAGGUGGCUGGCUGCAAGAGGCGUCCCAGAAGCCAGGCUGCUCGUGGCUGCCCCUGUCCGGGGCUCCGUGGGAGGUCCGAAGUGCCACAGCAGGACCCUGACACGGGGGACCCCGAGCAUCCCCGGAGGUGUUUUUCUUUCCCUGAAGAAGGGGAGCCUGCUUAACCCUGAGAGGCCCCAAAACCAAGACCCAGAAAGGGGGCCUUGGGGACGCCUGACCAUCGCACGCCCGCCCCGCUGCUCACGGCACGCCCUUGGUGAGAAGUUCUUCCGCUUUCCCUGCCUGGCCGGCCCUGGUCUCCAGCGCUUCCCGACUCCGGGGUGCUGUCCACUCGGAGUCCCCUGGGGUCAGGCAGGGGCACACCCGCUGGCCUCCCGGUGCUGUCGACCUGGGACCCCGGGCCCACACUCAGGCUCUGCGUCCAGGGACCUGCCCAAAGGGGCAUCUGCUUGCUCCCGGCAGAAGCCAGGCUGGGCCAUCACCCGGACCCCAGAAGGGGUGGGCAGGACAGAAGGCCCCGGAGUCCCCUCCUGGCCCCCAACCCCUUCCUCGCCCACUUGGAAACGCAGCCACAAGCAUCAGCGCGAUUCAACAGCUGUUUAUUAAAGAGACCCGGGACGGAGACACGAAGGGAUGAGCCGGGACAACCACGCUCGGGCUGUGGGGUGCCGUGGCUGCCAACCAGGAGGCCGGCGGGGGCGGCAGGGGUGAGGUAAUGCUGCACCAGUGGGUGCGUCCGGCCGGCCCUGGGCCCGAAGUCACAGGCCCGGGGUGAUAGUCGUCCCCCUCGGGCUCACCCCAGGAGUGCCCCAGAGGCGAAUGGGUCCUUGACGUGUCCCCUUGGCGGGUGGCUGGGUCGGUCCUUUGGGUCCUGAGACCCCUUAGGUCUUCAGCCCCCGACUCAGGUUGAUUGUCCGGUGACCGCCAACCGCCACCUCCAGAAAUCUGUGCCGCCAGGGCCCCUGCGGCCCGCCCAGGCUGGAUGAUGAGGUGUGGCUGUGCCCCCAGUGCAGGGGGUUGGAAAAGGCAAAAGUGGCUGCCGGGCACGGAUGGGGAGGGAGCGCCUGUGUGCUGGCCCGCGUGGGGCUGCCUUCCGGCCCCGCCCGUGGAGAAGCAGGCAGGGGGCGGCAGCGAGGUCUCUCCCCCGGUCUUGGUGGUCUCUCCACUCGCCCAAGAGGUAGCUCUGGGAGUUCUCCCCACGGCCCACGUGGGGAGACUGAGGCACAGAGCGGCGAAAGCAGUGCCCAGGGUCUCACAGUGCGUGGGUGCUCGAAGCCCCGGGCCCUGUGGCUGGACGAGCCGCUGGCGGGCCUGCUGCCGCCUCUUCCCUCCUGCCAGGCCACUUCGGGGAAGCCUGGCCCGCGGGGACUGAAGCACAGACAGUAUUUGGCAGUCCCCAA